AAGGACCCAAAAGCCACUCUGCCCCUUCCGUGCCCUCCCGCAGCCCUUUCUCUCCGGCGACACCCUAACUGUCAGAUAAGCUCAAAGGUAAUAGCAGAAAGGAAAAUAAAGAGGAAGUGAGGAAUUUUUCCCCGAUCCAGAUAGUCUUCUCUGACUCUUCAAUUCUUGUGUAUAUUGCUUUAAUGGUUGAAGUUGCAGAAGAUAUAAUCAAUGAUUUUAAUGGCAGAAAACUAUUAGAAAUGCCAUCAAAUCAGUAUUCCUCCAAGCAUUCACUAACAGAUUUGUCUUUUUUUUCCUCGGGUGUUCCAUGUCAAGUUCACAGUUUCUAAGAACCUGCAAUAAGUGCACUUUUAUACUGUAGUUAUUACAGACUUGCAGGGUUUUCUAUCUAGCGAUCAUGGAAAAUGGGGUGAAGGGAACAGUGACGCCACUUGCUUCCGUAUUUCCUGUGGAAGGGGCCCAAAAGGCUGCGAAGCGUGUGCAAGAAACCCUCGCAAACAGGCAAAAGGAGCUGGACUAUGUCCAUAAUUUUGUGGUGGACAACACCAACCUCGUCAAUCUUGUGCAGAGGCUCCCCGAUGAACUAUCCCACGAUGUCAUGGUUCCAUUUGGCACGGUGGCAUUCUUCCCUGGUCGUUUGAUCCAUACCAAUGAGUUCUUGGUUCUAUUGGGAGAAGGGUACUAUGUCGAAAGAACAUCCAGACAAACUAUUGAGAUUCUACAGAGAAGAGGAAAAGUUCUUCAGGAGCAAGUUGAUUCUCUGAAGGCUACGAUUGAGGACCUUAAAAUUGAAGCUUCCUUUUUUGAUACUACGGCUAUUGAAGCUGCUGAAGGUCUUGUUGAAAUAAGGGAGGAUUGUGUUGAAGAGAGUCCUUUGGAAGAGAGGGCUAAUCAGUCAGGUGUGUCAAAAUCAGUAGGUUCCUUUGAGGACAAUACGAAAGAUGCUACUGAAGAUGAAGAGUAUGCUCGAAUGAUGGCCAGGUUAGAUGAACUUGAGAAAGUGGAACUUGCGGCAGAAAGUAAUGAUGAAGAUGGAGACGAAGAUUUUUGUAGCUCGAUAAGUCCACAUGCUUUUGAUCACCACCUCUCAGAUGAGCAUCAGCUAAUGGAUUCAGUUCAACAAACAGAGGAUAAAAGGGCGAUAAACACAACCACUGAAUAUCCUUUGCAAAACAUUGGCCUUAAACAAGAUUUUGUCAAGCAGUCAGCUCAGAUUGAAGAUUUAGGGGUGCCACUUAUGCCUAAAGAGAAGCCCAUCUCUGUUGAGAAGCCUUUGCUGUCUCCUGGUUUGAGGAAGAAGGUUGAUUUAUCAACUGCUUCAAGAACUGAGGUUGCUGAAGAUAAGUCUACUAGUUAUGGAUCAGAAACAGGUUCUAAUAGUUCAAAGGCUUUUACAGGCUCCAUUGUAGAGCACACCCAUGGUCUACAAACUAAAUCUGUGGGACAAACUACUACUUCACAGCCCUCAAAGCCAGUCUCUAGAUUCAAGAUGCAAAAAGGUGGUCGCUGACAUAAAUCAAGGGCAUUUAGGCAGGGGGCAGUGCAGUCUUUACACACUUGGGAGAAGGCACAGUCCAAAAGGUUGUGAACGAAAUCGAGUGUCUCGGCUGGAAACAAGAUUGCCAUACUAAAGAGAACCAAGAGACUAGUCAAAGUUUUCUCUGUUCGCAUCCCACUCAUAAUGAACAGAGAAAGAACUGAUAGAGCUGCCUCAGCAUAAACAUCAUCAGCUUCAACUAAAGGCAAUCAAACAUUAGAUAUAAUUUUGGUUAUUUUGAUUUAAUUUUCAUCUUUUGUUCAUCAAUCAAUAUAUAUAAGGAUGUACAACAUGCAUGAGCCUCUUCUGCUAGUGCGGGUUCUGGGGAGGACCAUAAUAUACAGAGCCUAUCCCCGCUUUGUGGAAGAUUGUUUCUCGACUCUAAUCUACAAUCAUUAAGUUGCAAUGGAGUAAUCUUAUCCAUGGUUUAAAGUA